AUGAAGCCGAGUCCUGGCAGCACGGCGAGGGAGCUGGAGCCAGCGGCGCCGGCCCGGGGCGAGCAGCGUGCGGCGGAGCCCGAGGGGCGCUGGCGGGAGAAGGGCGAGGCGGAGUCGGAGCGCCAGCGCACCCGGGAGCGGCAGGAGGCCACGCUGGCCGGGUUGGCGGAGCUGGAGUACCUGCGCCAGCGCCAGGAGCUGCUUGUCCGGGGCGCCCUGCGCUGCUCCGGGGGCGCGGGGGCCGCGGCGCGGGGCGCGGGCGAGCUGCCGGGGGACGCGGUGCAGCGCAGCCGCCUGGAGGAGAAGUUCUUGGAGGAGAACAUCUUGCUGCUGCGGAAGCAAUUGAAUUGUUUGAGAAGAAGAGAUGCUGGUUUGUUGAAUCAGUUGCAAGAACUUGACAAGCAGAUAAGUGACCUGAGACUUGAUGUAGAAAAAACCUCUGAAGAGCACCUGGAAACAGACAGCCGACCUAGCUCAGGGUUUUAUGAGCUGAGUGAUGGGGCUUCGGGAUCCCUUUCUAAUUCCUCCAAUUCAGUAUUCAGUGAAUGUUUAUCCAGUUGUCAUUCCAGUACCUGCUUUUGUAGCCCCCUGGAGGCCACCAUGACCAUCUCGGAUAGUUGCCUCAAAUCUACAGAUGUGAAUCCCAAGUACCAGUGUGAUCUGGUAUCCAAGAACGGGAAUGAUGUGUAUCGCUACCCCAGUCCGCUCCACGCUGUGGCUGUGCAGAGCCCCAUGUUUCUCCUCUGUCUGACGGGCCACCCUCUGAGGGAAGAGGAGAGGCUGGGGAACCAGGCCGGUGACCUCUGCGUCGCGUCCGAACUGGACGAUGGCACCAAGACGGACAGUUCCUUGCCGUCUCCAAGCGGCCUGUGGCCUGCUUCCCACGCUUUGGGCACUAAGAAAAUGGAUGGCUACAUCCUGAGCCUGGUUCAGAAAAAAACCCACCCUGUAAGGACCAACAAACCGAGAACCAGUGUGACCGCUGACCCCACCAAAGGGCUCCUGAGGAACGCCAGCGUGUGCGUCAGGGCCGCCGCGGGCGUCCCCCAAAGCAACGGUGUGAACCUCAAGACUUCCAAGCAGGUGUCUUUGCCCCCCGCGGGGACGCCGUCUUCAGACAGCGGGGCCUCCUCGCCGCUGAAGCAGUGGUCCAAGGACCCAAAGGCCGAGCAGCUGGAAGGCCGCAGGCCGUCCCCGCCCGAGGGCUGCUCGGCCGCCGCCGUCUCUGAGCCCCCGAGCGCCAAGGCGGCCUCCCAAGAACACGCGUGGGGUCCCACUGCUGGGCCCACGGAGUCCCUUAAGGAAGGUAGUCAGCUCUCGGCUGGGCUUCCCAAAGACGGCCCCGGUGGGGGCGCCGGCGCCGGGCCAGAGAGCAAAGUCCUGCCACCCCCGAAGAAGAUGGCAACCGCCAAAAGCAGCCUGCAGGCCUCCUCGGCCCCCGGGCCGCCUCCUCCUCCGCCGCCGCCGCCGCCUGCGGCCUUCGCUGUGGAGGACAGGCCGGGCCUGGACUUCAAGAGCGAGGGCUCCUCGUCUCAGAGCCCCGAGGAGGGACGCCUGGUGAAGGCUCGGUUCAUCCCGGGCCAGGGGCCGCCCGGCGCCGGCGGGAGUGGCCGGCCGCACCGCGGGCACCGCGCCCCGGGCGCCGCGGCCAGGAGCUCGGCGGCGCUGCGGCCCCGCGGCCAGGCCCCGCCGCUGCCUCCGCCCGCCUCCGGGCUGGAGAUGGGCGCCCUGCCCACCGUCCGGGAAAAGACGGCCCGGGCGGCCAGCCGCAAGUGCCGCUUCCCCGACGACCUGGAUACAACUAAGAGACCGAAGAAGGCCGCGUGCCGAGGCCGGCGCGGCGCGGGCGGUGCGGGCGACGCGGCGCUGCCCGGCAGGCCUCAGGGCGGCCACCGAGCGGGCCUCAAGGCCCACGGCGCCGGCGGCGGCCACGGACGGGAGGUCGUGGUGGCCAAACCUAAGCACAAGCGAACCGACUACCGCCGCUGGAAGUCCUCCGCCGAGGCCUCGUACGAGGAGGCGCUGCGCCGGGCGCGGCGCGGCCGCCGCGAGCCCGCGGGCGCGUUCCCGGUGCCCGUGCCGCCGCCCUUCGCCAGCCCCUACGCCUUCGCGGCGGCCGCGGCCGCGGCGGCCAGCGACUCCGAGUACUCGGCCGAGUGCGAGUCGCUCUUCCACUCCACCGUGGUGGACACCAGCGAGGACGAGCGCAGCAACUACACCACCAACUGCUUCGGCGACAGCGAGUCCAGCGUGAGCGACGGCGAGUUCGUGGGCGAGAGCACCUCCACCAGCGACUCGGAGGAGAGCGGCGGCCUCAUCUGGUCCCAGUUCGUCCAGACGCUGCCCGUGCCGGCCGUCGCCGCCCAGGACCUGCGCCGCCACCCCGCCAAGGCCUUCGUCAAAAUUAAGGCCUCGCACAACCUCAAGAAGAAGAUCCUCCGCUUCCGCUCGGGCUCCUUGAAGCUGAUGACCACGGUCUGA